ACAAUCAGGUGCGUCUUGACCGUCAUCACGCAACACACGGAGGACCAGAGCGCCAUCGUCAUCCGCCGGUCGAACCUCCACGACCACCUGGCAGACAUGUUGGAGGGCAGGGAAGGCACAGACGUGACAUUCAGCGUGGGCGACCAGUUUUUCCACGCUCAUAGAUGCAUGCUGACUGCACGAUCGCCGGUGUUCAAGGCGGAGCUUUCUAGUGGAAUGGAGGAGAACCCUAGUGGACACAUCAAGGUCGACGACAUGGAGCCCGUCAUCUUCCAGGCGCUUCUUCACUUCAUCUACACGGAUACCUUCCCAUAUAAUGGAGGUGUAGACAAGAAUGUGCCAUUGCAACACUUGUUUGUUGCCGUGGAUCGGUAUGGGCUGGAUAGGCUCACGACAAUGUGUGAACAAAUGCUAUGCGAGAGCAUCGACGUGCACACAGUUGCCACCACACUUGCCUUAGCGGAGCAGCACCAAUGCGUGGAACUCAAGCGUGCAUGCCUUGGAUUCCUGUCCUCUCAAUGUGUGCUCAGUGACAUCCAAGAGACAGAUGGAUUCAAGCACCUCAUAUCCAGCUGCCCUUCUAUUGUAGGGGACAUCAUAAACAGCGUCGCCAUCACUAGCGGUAGGGCUGCCAAAAGAGCUCGAGUCGAAGCCACUCACAGCGACUCGUCUUCUAGCUACACCGGAGAUUAUUGA